AUGAAGUUCCGCAAUAAUAAUGGUGAUAUGAAAAAAGGUAUUGGAAUAUUUGAUGAUACUGAGCUUGAAACAGAGUCUGAAACAUGUAGAGCUAAUAAAAAGGGAAAAUUAAACUCAGGAAAUUCAUCAAAAAAUCUUCGAUACUCAGUAUACACUGCAAAUCAAAAAAUGAGUCAAGGAACAAACUUGAUGACUCGUACAUUAUGGACUAUAAUAUUAUUAUCAACGUUCUUCGUAAUUUUGGCAGCAGGACAUACAUAUAGCUCAAUACUGGUACUUAUUCUAACUUCUGCAGUUUAUCAGGAAGUUAUAUCACUCAAACGGAGUAAUGAAGAAGAUAAACAUUUACCACUAUUUUACACUCUUAGAUGGUAUUGGUUUGGAGUAACUUUAUUUGCCACAGGAAAAUUAUGGUGGAUACCAUUAAUUGUAAUUUAUAGAGAUUCCUGUACUUUAUUUAAUAUUGUACUAUCUUAUCAUUCUAUAAUAAGUUAUAGUGCUGCUCUUUUAGGCUUAAUAGCCUUUAUUUUAUCUCUUAGAAGAUAUACUUUGAAGUAUCAAUUUUCUCAGUUUGGUAUCAUGAUUCUCACUUUAUUGUUAGUUGUAACUCAAUCAGUAUUUAUGAUUGCUAAUAUAUAUCGUGGAUUAAUGUGGUUUAUAUUACCUACUAUUUUAGUUAUCUGUAAUGAUAUAUCAGCUUAUAUAUGUGGAAAAUUAUUCGGUAAAACCCCACUAUUUAAAUUAUCACCCAGAAAAACUAUGGAAGGAUUUAUUGGGGCCUCAAUUAUAACAAUUCUAAUUGCUAUUUUCUUGGGGAACUUUCUUUCUAAAUAUCAAAUUUUUAUUUGUCCUCAAAAUAAUCUUUUAGAAGCUCCAUUCUCAAUGUGGAGUAAUCUUACUUGUGAACCCAAUUUAGUAUAUAUAUCCCAACCCUAUGAAGUACCUUUGUCACUACAACCUAUAACUGGUAAGUCCAUAAUAUAUAUCUCUAAAGCACAAGUGCAUGCUAUCUUCAUUGGAAUAUUUACAGCCUUUGUGGCACCUUUCGGUGGUUUUUUUGCUUCUGGGUUCAAAAGGGCUCUACAUAUUAAAGAUUUUGGUACAACUAUACCUGGACAUGGUGGAAUUACAGAUAGAUUUGAUUGUCAAGUACUAGCUGGAGUGUUUACCUUUUUAUACAUUCGAGCAUUUUUGUUCAAAAAUCCUAAGUCAUUCUCUUUAGAUUUUAUUAUCAGUGCAGCAAAACUAUUAUCUAAACCUGAUAUUAUACGUUUAAUCAGUAUACUGGAAGCUCAUAUAAAUUCUUUUAAUUCUACUUAUUCAGUUUAA